AUGGUCUCAACAAAACAACUAAUUGCCAAUUUAGAAUUACCUAAAUUACCUUUUCACCAUGAAAAACAAACCAACCAAAAGCCAAAGCACAAUUAUUUAUCUAGCACCACAAUCAUUGAUGCUGGUAUUAUGGACCCAGCACAAUUUACUCGCAAGAAUUUAAAGUCAGUAUUACAUAUUAUCACUCAAGAAUUGAAGAAAAGAGGUACUAAGACUCCCCAUAUAUUUCUUCCAUUUAGAUCCAAAGUUAAUGACGAAAAAUUGGAAUCAUUUCUAUCAUCUAUUGCGCCACUGGGGGAACUACGAACAGAUAAUACACAAUUGCAACACCUAUGUUCUGAAACCGAUGAAUUUACAUUGAUAAGUACUUUAAAAUAUUUUUGGUCACGUUUGCCUAAUAAUGAGAUUAUUGGAUGGGAUGUAUAUCUUGAGUUCAAACGUCGAGAGGCAGAGAAAGGGUAUCCCAAAAAUGCAUUUUUAUCGAUUAUGCCGAAAUGUUUGUCAUCUCCAGCUCAUGCCUCUAUUGUCUAUGAUUUUUUGGAUUUGAUAUUGAGCAUAACAUCAAAUUCUCAAUUCAAUUAUUUAAGUGGUCGGAAAAUAAGCAAAAUGGCAAGUUUUUGGGCAUUUAGUUGUCGACAACAAUUUCUACAAUCUCCAUUUUACGAUGCAACACAAGAAGAAGUUGAACAUAAUUUUAUUGAAGGGAUCGAUACUUGGAAAAAAUCAACUAAUGCUCUUUUCCAUUUAGUUUUGGCCUUUUUGAGAUCAAUGUUACCUGAAACUAAUUCCGAAACUUUAAAGAUACCAAAGACUUUACAGUCUUUGUUGGUGACUACGCUGUAUCCUCCUUCCUCAGACAAUGAGUCUGACCAAAGCAUGUUAAGAGGUGCUAUUACCAUUCCUUGUGUUUGUGUAUCAACUACUCAACCUUCGAAAGACCCAUAUGAAUUGGUUAGUAAAGUUAGGCAUAAUUUAAAGUUUGAUAAAAAAGAUGAUUUUUUGUCAAUCGAGAAUUAUACGAUUUUAAAGAAUUUAUUUUCUAAAAAGGGCACAUUUGAGAUUGUUAAUUCCUUAACUGAUGAAUCAAAAAGAAUUCUAUCGAGAAUUUCCAGUGAGCCGAUUCCAUCAAAAUUCAAUCUUGCUCCCGGUUGGGACAAAUCAAAAAUAGAAACCGACCCAGAUAUUCCUUUGUUUUCAGAGAUUUCCAUUAAAGAUGUGUCAAUACAUGACUAUUACAUAUGGACUUGGUUGGCAUCAAUAAGUAGUGAUCAACCAUCUGUGACCAAACAAAUAUUUGGUAGAUCUAUUGUUGUUGAGGCGGAAGUGUUGGGGUUUCAAAAAUGGAUUGUCGUGACUGAAAAAACUCUAAGUUCAGAAGGAUAUUUGCAGCGAUUCAACUUGGACAGACGGAUGCUUAGUAAACAUAAACGACAAAUAUCUAUGGAAGAUUACAAAAACUCGCCAUUACCUCCAAUCCCAGUGGACGAAACUGAAAAUGCAAAAUCAAAUGAAGGACGUAAACAUUCCAAUUCAGUGUCUUCAACAUCUUUGUUUUCCAAUAAGAAAAACGAUAUGGGAGAGUUCAAACUGGACCAGAAUAUAAACUCCGCAAGGUCCAGUGCUGAUACAUCAACUUCGAAUCACUCACAAGAAAAAGCUACUCAAUCGGCUCCUCCUUAUGUGACUAGAGCCUCAGAUAUAUUUGAUAAACUGUUCAGUGAUCAAUUCAGCUACAUUUAUCCAAUUUUGAGUGAAUCCAUGGAAACCAAUGAAGUUGAUCAACAAAACACAUCAUCAAGAGAGUUAACUACCUCUGCAUCAAGGUUUACAAAGACUACAAUGGGAGAUAUGAUAGCUCCAGCAAAGAAUCCUGUUGGUAGAAAAGCUCCUCCUUCUUUUGUAUCAAAUUCUUCUAUUUUGGAAGCAUACACCAACACCCCAAGUUCACAAGAUCUGUAUCUCAAUCACAGACAGUCAAGCACUCCUGAUAACACAUUUUCUCCUUCCAAGAGUGACAAUAAUACUAUUGAUACUUUGAAGGAAGAUAAAUACUUUGAACCUUUUGAUAUGUAUCACCCAGAAAUGGACGCAAACUCACAACAAGAACCUGUCGAACCAUAUGAUAACUAUUAUGUGGAUGUGGAAACUAAGACUUCAGCUACUGCUGCUGCUCCUCCUCCUUCUCAAAAACUCCAGCCACCUGCUGGGACACAUCAUCAAUUUUCUCAACCUCUCCAGAUAUCACCUAAUGAAAUUCUGAGUUUGCCUUCUGAUUCUACAAUUGUUAAUAAAAAUGAAAAGUCCAACAAUGACAGCACUAUUAUUGCAGCUUCUAAUAAUGUAUCAGAGAAUGGUAAUGAAGAAAAAGCAGGAGAUGAACUGCCAGACGAACAAACAAAGGAGGAGAAUGAAGAAGAAUUGCAACGCAAAAUUGAAGAAAAGAAACAGAAAAAGAAAAAGGAAAAGAAAAAAUUGGAGAAACAGGCCGAAGCUGCCCAAUUGGCGGCUGCUCAAGCAGCAGGAUUCCCCUUUGCAUUGUUGCCUUCUAAUGUUCCGCCACCACAUAUUCCAGGAAUGCCAGAAACUCCAUCUACAUCACCUAAAAAGAAAAAGCAAAAUUCUCCUAAGAAGAAUACGUCACCGAAGAAGAAAACACCUAAGAAAGUAAAGAGAACUCCAUGCGAUCAAAAUAAACCAUUACCACAACCAACAGAAGAAGUUAACAAACAAGAAAACACAAAUGUGGACUCUUCUUCGGCUACAAAUUCUGAACCUCCAGUGUCAGCCGAUGAUAAAAAACUCGCUAUUCUGUCGCAACCAGAGAAUGAUGCAAUGCCUUUACUUGCACCACCACCACCGCCACCACAAGCAAAUACUUCUGUAAUGAGUUCACCAAGAAUGGGAUUUGUCAGUUCGCCAAGGAUUCCACCCACUCAGUUUGCAAACCCUGAGGUACCAUCUAAUGAACAAUUGGUAACACCAAAGGAGCAAUACAAUAUUUUUGUCUCACAACCACCGCAUGGAACAGAAAUAGGUACCCAAUCACCUAGACAUCCUUACUUUAUGCAAGACGAAAGAGUAAAUCCAACUGAAGAUGCUCCUGCUCAAGCUCCUGCUCCUGCUCCUGCUCCAGCUGCAAAACCUCAGGUGACUAAUAUUGAUACUGCUCCAUUGCCAUCGGUUAACAAACCUAGAAUAUUAGUAUCAAACUUGGAGCCACAUACACCUGUAGAUGCCAACUCAACACAUGACAGCUCACAACCAAAGAAUCUGCCACAACCACAAGCAUCGGUAUAUAAUGCAACACCUCCAAUGGCACACCCACCUCUACAGAGUUUACCUCGACCAAACUAUUAUCAACAACCACAACACAAUCAAAAUUAUUUCCAACCAGUGCCGCCACAUCCACAAUUCAUUCCAAGACAACAACCUUCAUACUAUCAACAGCAACCAUUGGCUUAUGGUUCUUCUCCAAUGCAACAACAAGUACCUGGGCCAAUGCAUACAUAUCCUCCACAUGCGCCACCGCCACCUCAUCUUCCACCUCAACAAAUGCAAUAUCAACAAUACUAUUCUCAACACCUAAACUCACACCCACAUCAACAUCAAUAUCCCCCACCACCUACACAUAACGGUAUGAUGAUGAUGAAUCCUCAGCAACAUGCACCAAUGCAACCUCCACCAACAAUGCCUCCUAUGAAUGGAGGUGGUGCAAACAGAGCUAUGAUGAAUAUGGUUCCAGUUGGAGCAAAACACAAUAAAAACCAAGUCACUAACAAAGCCAAUUUGCGUGCAGCUUUUGCUGAAGGUAGUUUCGGUAUUUAA